CGUGCUUUCUCUGUAGUCGGCCCCAGAUUAUGGAAUAAUUUACCUUUGGACAUUAGAGUUAGGGUUUCUGGAUAUUACGAUUUAUAAUAAACUGCACUUGGGUUCAUCGCACAUCAUCAUCAUCAUCAUCUUUGUCAUUGCUUGCUGAGCUUCGUUACAGAAUACCUGACCGACGCAAUAUGAACCCAGUAAUCCAGCUUCUUCGACUUCAUCAGGGGAAUCGUCCCCUGGAGGAUUACGUGGAGGACUUUUGCGCUCUGGCAUGCCAGGUGGACUUUAAUGAGGUUGCCCUCAAAGACAUUUUUCGUUUUGGACUGAUUGAGUCUAUUUCUUUGCUGAUGCCAGGUGGUCAGAGUACCCACAGCCUGGCUCAAUAUAUCGACCUCGCCCUGCAGAUUAUUGGUUCCACGUUCACUGUGGAGGAGGCGGAUGCCGAGCUAGAGUUCCACGUCAUGGUCACUGAGCUAGCGCCAUCUUUUGCCCCGGAUCCUGAGUCUGCCCCAUGCCAUGUCACAGCCACGCCUGAACCUGCUCCAUGCCAUGUCACAGCCACGCCUGUGCCUGCUCCAUGCCAUGUCACAGCCACGCCUGAGCCUGCUCCAUGCCAUGUCACAGCCAUGCCUCAGUGUGCUCCAUGCCACGUCACAGCCAAGCUUCAGUCUGCUCCAUGCAAGGUCUCAGGCUCAUCUCUGGCCAACGAACCAGCGCUGCAGGCUUCAUUCGUUCCAGAGCCAUCUCUCACUGGGCUAUUUGAGCUGGAAUUGGUUCCCACCCUUGUGCCCAUCCUUAGUUCUCCUGAUCAGGCAAGGGGAACUUUUGACCCUCUGACCCCAUCUUGACCCUCCAAGCCCUGUACUCCGCCUUGGCCUGUCGAUCCCUUCGACAUCACCUCGGCUCUACGUUCCCUCGGCUCCACUGCGGUCCUUCAGCCUGUCGGCUUUACCGGGUCCCUCCAGCUCCUCCUUGGUCUGUCGGUCACCUGACUCCACCUUGGAUCUCCGAUCCUCUGGCUACGCCUCAUCUCUCCAAUCCAUCAGCUCCACCGGGGACCUCCAUCCCUACGGCUCCGCCUUGGUCCUCAGCCCCACCGGCUCUGCCUCAGUCUUCCGAUCCCCCAGCUCCGCCUUGCUCCUCCGAGCCUCCGGCGCCACCUUGGUCCUCCGUACCUCCAGCUCCACCCUGGCCCUUCGAGCCAUCAGCUACUCUCCGGGUACCAAGUUCCCUGGUGUCGCCCUUCAAGUCUCUCACAGCUCCGCCUUCCAUGGCUCCGCUCCUCGAGUCUCUCAUGGCUCCACCUUCCACAGACUUUGCCCUGAUCCCAUGCUCCACGCCCUGUUUUGCCAAGCCACAA